CAAGCACACUCAUUCAUCCUUUACUUUGAAAAAGCAUUUCAAGUAAUGAAUACUAAUAAGCAAGCAUAACAGGGUCACUCAGUGGUCAAAUCCUAUAGUUGUGUGCUAGUGGGGUGUGCAAUAGGAAACCAAAUUCCAAGCAUAAAAAGGAAAAGAUGGGAAACGGAUUGCAAUGAUACCAGCACUUCCUGGAGCAUUACAUUGCAUUGCAUUAUAUGAAUAAGAAAACAGCAGCAUCCAUAAAAAGGGUACCUUUAUGCUGGUUGGCUGGUUUUGUUCCUCCCUCAUUUUAUAUUCCAAAUUUCCGAUGUCACUAUAUGGAUUGCUUAGUAGACUCUAAUGCGAAUGAAAGAUAAUAUCACCACACUUUGUCUUCAUUCUCUUUCCCCUUCUUCCCUAGAUCCACUCUCCUCUCACAGUCUCCAAUGGCUUCCACCGAACACCAAAACGGCGACGCAGUUUCCCAUCCCCACAAGAAGUUAAAGCCCACCAAUUUCAUCACCGACGCCGAGAUCCAAUCUGAAUUCUCCCACCACGACCCCGCCGUGGCGCGCCUCAACAACGGCGCCUUCGGCUGCUGCCCGGCCUCCGUCCUCGCCGUGCAGCGCGACUGGCAGCUCAAGAACCUCCGCCAGCCGGACCAAUUCUACUUCAACCACCUCAAGAGCGGCCUCCUCCGCUCCCGCACCAUCAUCAAGGACCUGGUCAACGCCCACCACGUGGACGAGAUCUCCCUCGUCGACAACGCCUCCACCGCCACCGCCAUCGUCCUCCAGCAGGCCGCCUGGGCCUUCCACGAGGGAACCUUCCAGAAGGGCGACGUCGUCCUCAUGCUGCACUACGCCUACGGAGCCGUCAAGAAAGCCAUCGAGGCCUACGUGGUACGUGCCGGCGGCUCCGUCGUCGUGGUCCCCCUCCGCUUCCCGGUAACCUCCAACGACGAAAUCGUCCGCGAGUUUCGCAAGGCCAUCGAGAAAGGAAAGUCCAGAGGUAACAGAAUCCGCUUGGCGGUUAUCGACCACGUGACUUCCAUGCCCAGCGUGGUCAUUCCGGUUAAGGAGUUAGUUACGCUCUGCAGGGAGGAGGGGGUGGAGCAGGUUUUCGUUGACGCGGCGCACGCGAUUGGGUGCACGCGCGUGGAUAUGCAAGAGAUUGGCGCGGAUUUCUACACCAGCAAUUUGCAUAAGUGGUUCUUCUGCCCCCCUUCCGUGGCGUUCCUCUACGCACGUGCGUCGCCGAAGUCACGUGACCUGCACCACCCCGUUGUGUCUCACGAGUACGGGAAUGGGUUAGCGGUGGAGAGUUCUUGGACCGGGAACCGGGACUACAGUGCGCAGUUGGUGGUUCCUGCGGUUAUUGAUUUCGUGAAGAGGUUCGAAGGAGGAAUCGAAGGGAUGAGAAAAAGGAACCAUGAUGUUGUGGUUGAGAUGGGGAAGAUGUUGGUGGAGGCUUGGGGAACCCAUCUCGGGUCUCCUCCUGACAUGAGUGCUAGCAUGGUGAUGGUAGGUUUGCCUCCAUGUUUGGGGAUUAUGAGUGAUUCUCACGCUCUCAAACUUAGGACUCGUUUGAGAGAUGAGUUUGGGGUUGAAGUUCCCAUUUAUUUCGCUGGAGGAGAAGAAGACGCCACUGUUACUGCUUAUGCUCGAAUUUCUCGUCAGGUUUACAACAAACUUGAGGACUAUGUUAAGUUUAAGGAUGCAAUUAAUCAACUUGUCACCGAUGGCUUCACCUGUGCUCUUCUUUCCGAUUGAACUUUUUCUCAUCCUCUCUUAGCUUUAAUUAACUCACAAAUAGUAACAGAUACAUCAGUUUUCUACACCGAAUAAUAAUAUCUGCAAAUAUUGAGUUUGCUUAUCUGC